AUGUUGAGAAAAGGGGAGUGGGUGUGGGUGGACUCUGACAUCGGGGUCCCCAUCGGAGCCAGGGUCAAAGUAUCACCGUCUGGUCAGCGGCUGCUGGUGGAUGAUGAGGGAAAGGAGCAGAGUCUGUCCCCGGAGCAGGAGGCCUCUCUCAGGAUCAUGCACCCUACGUCAGUGGAGGGUGUAGGCGACAUGAUAAAACUGGGGGACAUGACCGAGGCCGGGCUCCUCCGAAACCUGCUGCUGCGACACAGACAAGGAAUCUUCUAUACCUACACAGGUUCGGUGCUGGUUGCAGUGAACCCAUACCAGGAUUUUCCAAUAUACUCAGCUGAGCAGGUGAACUUGUACCAUGGACAAAAGCUCGGGGAACUCCCACCACACAUCUUUGCCAUCGCUGAGUCCUGCUACUUCAACAUGAAACGGCAUCUCAGGAGCCAGUGCUGCAUCAUCAGUGGGGAGUCCGGAGCAGGGAAGACAGAGAGCACCAAGCUGGUCCUGCAGUACCUGGCAGCAGUCAGCGGGGAAAUCUCUGAGCAGAGGGUUGAACAACAGAUUCUGGAGUCCAACGCAAUACUGGAAGCGUUUGGAAAUGCUAAAACAAUCCACAAUGACAACUCCAGUCGUUUUGGGAAAUAUUUGGAGAUCUUCUUCAACGAGGACGGAGUGAUCAAGGGUGCCCGUGUGGAGCAGUAUCUCCUGGAGAAGUCUCGUGUCUGCCAUCAGGCAUGGGGGGAGAGAAACUACCACAUAUUUUAUUGCAUGCUGACAGGAAUCACUGCAGAGGAGAAGAAAACUCUGAAGCUUGGAGAUGCUAAGGAAUACAACUUCCUCACUAAGGGCGACUGUUUCACAUGUGUGAGCAGAGAUGAGGCAAAAGACUACAGUCGGAUUCACUCUGCUAUGAAAAUCCUGACCUUCUCCAAAAACCAGUGUGAGGAAAUCCACAAGCUGCUGGCAGCCAUCUUACACCUGGGAAACGUCUGCUUUGAGGGUGCCACUCAAAAUAACCUGGAAACCAGUGAUGUCACCAAGUCGGAACAUUUCAGCAUGGCAGCUUCUCUACUGGAGGUCGAGGCGUCUUCUCUGGCGAAGAGUUUGACCCACCGCUCCUUUAUGACCAACAGGGAGAGGGUGACCAAACCCCUCAGCUCCGAACAGGCCGCAGACUGUCGAGACGCCUUCGUCAAGGCUAUCUACAACAAAAUGUUCAUAUGGAUUGUGGAGAAAAUCAACAGUGUCACCUAUAAGAAAUUGACCAGCAGCGACAAGUCUUCCUACCAGUCCAUUGGUCUGCUGGACAUCUUUGGCUUUGAGAACUUCAAAACAAACAGUUUUGAGCAGCUGUGCAUUAAUUUUGCCAACGAGAAGCUCCAGCAGUUCUUCGUGGGCCACAUCUUCAAGCUGGAGCAGGAGGAGUAUCUGAAAGAGGACAUUAUGUGGAACAAGAUGAACUUCAGUGACAAUCAGAACAUCCUGGACCUUCUGGUUGGGAAACCCUGCAACCUGCUGGCUCUGAUUGAUGAGGAGAGCCACUUUCCAAAGGGCUCAGAUUUCACUAUGCUGAACAAGAUGAACCAGCAACACAGGGGGAACAAGACCUACGUCGCCACAAAGAAUGAAUACGACACAAACUUUGGUAUUCGACACUUUGCAGGCGUGGUUUACUAUGAGUCCAAAGGGUUUCUGGAGAAGAACAGAGAUGCCGUCAGUUUUGACCUAAUCAAGACGGUUGAAAUGUCCACCAAUAAGCUACUUCACCAGAUAUUUGAGACUGAGCUUUCCACCAAUGGGGUCAAGAUUACAAACAACAAAAGGGUCAUCAUUACACCCGGGAACUCUGUGCGGGCCCAGGGUGACAAACGUAAACAAGUGCCCACGCUGAGCGGCCAGUUCCGUCAGUCCCUGGACUCCCUCAUGAAGGCUCUGUCGGCCUGUCAGCCUUUCUUCAUCCGCUGCUUCAAACCCAACAAUAGCAAGAAGUCUAAGGUGUUUGACAGAGAGCUGUGUAUGCGUCAGCUGAGAUAUUCCGGCAUGCUGGACACCAUCCACAUCCGGAAUCUGGGAUACCCAAUCCGCCACACCUUUCAGGAAUUUGUGAAGCGCUACAGGGUGCUGCUGAAGACGGCCCUCUGUGAUCCCAACAAUGAGACAGCUGCUGCUUGUUGUGAGGCCAUCUGCGAGACAGUGAUUAAAGGGGAGGACAAGUGGAAAAUAGGCAGGACCAAGAUUUUCCUGAAGGAUGCCCAUGAUGCCAUCCUGGAACGACUGAGGGAACAAGAACUCAGCAGGAUAGUUGUGAUUAUCCAUAGGGUCCUGCUCGGACACAAAGACAGAAAGUGUUUUCUGAAGAAGCGACGGGCAGCCGUGGUGUUGCAGAAGCGUUGGAGAGCUAACAGAGAAGAGAAAGUAUAAAGACAUCGGAAACUCCGGUUACAGUACCAAAGACAGUGUGCAGCAGCGCUCACCAUACAAACACAGGUGCGAGGCUUCCAGAUGAGGAAGAGCUGGAGGCAAAAAAGAGAGGCAGUCGUACUGCUGCAGGCUCAAACCAGAAAACUCCUGGCCCGAAGAACAGUUCAGAAAAUGAGGGACGAUAAAGAGCAGUUGGACCAAUUAGCCAUAGCCCUUCAGCAGGGACUGGAAGACCUUGCCUCUGAAGCGCAGUCAGCUGACGAGGAGCUAGAGCAGGAGCUAGAGCAUUUUCAGCCUGCACCUGCCGUGGAAGUGGUGCAACAAACAGCAAUCGAAUCAGACGAGUUUGAGGUUAGGUCGGAUUUGGAAAUGAUCGCUCCGUUACCGGCCCCCGCUACCCCACCAUUGGAAGAAGAGGAUGACGACUUUGAUGACGAAAGCGACGAGUUUUCAUUAUUCAGAUUCAGCAUCCUUCACUUCCAGAGCAACAUCUCUCACACGCACAUCAACCAGAGACUCAAGCAGCCCCUUCUGCCCCAUGAUGAUGAGGGCGAUGCACUGGCCUGUCUGACUGUGUGGUGGAUUAUUCUUCGGUUCAUGGAGGACAUACCAGAGCCUAAAUCUCUGGAUGCAACAUCUCAAGCGUCCAGCACCCUCACGGACCGUCUGCCUGCCAGGCAGGGCCGGAGGCUGAGCAGCCUGGUGGGACUUGACCAGAAAAUACUGAGGAAGAACAAGAAGAAGCUUGGAGCUGCCAGCAGAAGAGCGUCAACCAUCCUUGAGGAGCCAGAGGACGUGACGGAAGACGGGGACAUUUUGAUUGGAGAAGGUCCAACAUUGGAUCGGCCACUGUCAUCACUAGAAAAACUGCACAUCAUCAUUGGAUAUGCUCUGUCCAGACGAGACAUACGAGACGAGAUUUACUGCCAGAUCUGUAAGCAGCUGGUGUACAACAACAACAAGAAGAGCCGUAUGCGAGGCUGGACCCUCCUCUCCAUCUGUCUCGGGAUCUUCCCUCCGACAGACCUGUUCGUGAAGUUUUUGGAGAAGUUUGUCUGCAGGGGGCCGGAUGGAUAUGGAGCAUAUUGUACCGAGCGCCUGCGUCGUAUAUUAGCCAACGGAGAAAGGAAAGAGUUGCCCUGUUUGAUAGAGCUAAAGGCUGCCCAGUCCAAGGAGCCCAUAGAUGUGUCUGUGACUCUAAUGGACGGCCGCACUAUCACUGUUCAUAUGGAAUCAGCCUCCACCUCUGCUGAAAUCUGUCAAGCUGUGGCUCUAGAGAUGGGUCUCAAAGACACCUAUGGAUUCUCCUUGUACAUCACCUUCUAUGAGAAGAUGUGGUCUUUGGGCAGCUGUGGGAAGCAUGUGUUGGAUGCGGUAUCUCAGUGUGAGCAAGAGAUGAAGAGGCAGGGCAAAGAGGAGAAGGACACCCCCUGGAGUCUCUCCCUCCGCAAGGAACUGUUCACACCGUGGCACGACUGCUCGAUGGACGUGAUCAGCACAGAUCUGAUUUACAGGCAGGUCAUCAAGGAAAUCAAGUCAGGAGAGUACGUCAGUGAGAAGGAGGAUGAAUAUGUCCAGCUGGCAUCUAAGCACUAUUACAUCCAGUUUGGCUCUGACCACAGCAGAGAGAACGUCCACAGGGUGGUAGAGGGGUGCAUCACCACACCACUGAUUGAGAACAAAUCUAUGGGAAAAUGGAUCCAACUCAUCAGCUCAGCACAUUUACAGGGUCCUUAUGUCAAUGGGAACCAGAGCAGAGAAAGUGUUAAAGGGGCGUUGGUCGACAGUGCCCGAGAGAAAUGGCCGCUGCACUUCUCCAAGUUUUAUGAAGUUACAAUGUUGUCAGGACCUCCUUUGGCCAAAAGCAAGUUUGUUGUGGCUGUAAACUGGAAAGGCAUCUUCUUCAUGGAUGAAAGAGAAAAGAGACUCGUUGAGCUUUCUUACCUGGAAGUGAAGGACGUAAACACAAUGAAGUAUGGGUAAACUUCACUUUCCAUGAUGAAUUUGUCCACAAUCCAAGGAGACUUUGUCCUGAGGUGUGGGGAGGCUGUGGACAUGGGUGCACUUAUAGAGAGUAACCUGGAGGGGCUGAGGCAGCACUCGGUGUAUGCUCUGGCUCAGCAGGACAUCAACGGACCAGAUGACCCCAUGGUGCUCGACUGUAAACGUGGCGACCUCCUGCUGGUAGAAAAAGAUGAGGAUUAUUCUCUUCAAGAAACCUGGAUCAGCGCAACUAACCAGCGGACCGGCGGCAGCGUUAGAGCCCAUAGGGACUCGGUGCAGUUUCUGCCAACUCUCACAAGGCCUACUGAAGAGACACUGGAACUGCUCAGUCCAGGCCAGAAGAAACGUUCAACUGCACAAAGCGCCCCGCAGAGAGAUGAAAGCGUGGCUCCUGUCUCAUUGAAAGAGUUUGCACUUGAGAACUUCAGGACUGUGGGGAAAGACGUGGGUCGUCAGGGUCAAUACAAAGGUUUAAGUAAAGAGAAACUGUGGGCCUGUUCCAAAGAACCUCUCAAGCAGCCGCUGAUGAAGGGCCUGGUCCGCAACUCUGAACUCAGCUCCCUGGCCUGCAACGCCUCCAUUUCUAUCCUGAAGUAUAUGGGUGACUACCCCGUUAAACAUGCCCGCAGCUCUGUGGAGCUGACGGACCAGAUCUUUGGUCCGGCGGCGCAGUAUGAGGCCCUGCAGGAUGAGAUCUACUGCCAGAUUAUGAGACAGAUGACCGGCAACAACAACAGGCUGAGUCUGGAGCGUGGGUGGCAGCUGAUGUGGCUGUGUUCAGGCUUGUUCCCGCCCAGUCAGAGUUUGUUGAGACACACUCAGAACUUCCUGGAGUCGCGGCCCAGAGACCCGCUGGCAGAUAUCUGUCUGAAGAGGGUGCAGGCGAUGUGCAGAAAGGAGCCCAGGAAGCUCCCUCCCCAUCAGGUCGAAGUGGACGCCAUCCUACAGAACAGCAACAUGAUCUUCCAUAAAGUCCAUUUUCCAAACGACACGGAUGAAAUAAUCGAGGUCAAAUCUACAACCUCGAUCAAAGACCUGUGCUGCAGUGUUGCCUCUCACCUCAACCUGAGCUCAGCUGAAGGGUUUGGCCUCUACAUGAAAACACCGAACAAGGUCGUGAGCUUGGAUGAGCAGAAAUAUUUCUUUGAUAGUUUGAGGCAGACGUCAGACCUCCCUAAGAAAUCAAAGAGAGCGAAAGAAGGUAACCAGGUCAACAUUCCCUACCUGGUGAUAUUUAAGAGGAAGCUCUGGUUCAAUGUGAAUCCGGGGAAAGACGAGAUCGCAGACCUCAUCUUCCAUUUUCCACAGGAGAUGCCUAAGUACCUGCGGGGAUACCACAGUUGCACCAAAGAGGACAUGAUCACCCUGGGUGGGCUGCUGUUCAGAUCCAAAGUGGAUUCAGACAGGUCCCAGUUUGUCAUGAUCCCCAGGAUGCUGAAGGACCUGGUUCCUGGAGACCAGAUCAAAAUGAUGUCUGCUGAUGACUGGAAAAAGAACAUCAUCUCCUCCUACAACAAGCAGAGCGGGAUCACGGUGCAGGAGGCCAAAAUCGCCUUCCUUCAAGCCAUCUCCAGUUGGCCAACUUUCGGCUGUGCCUUCUUUGAAGUGAAACAAACGUGUGAAUCUAGCUACCCACCAACAGUUUGGAUUGCCAUCAGCAAACAAGGCGUAAGCAUAAUAGACCCAAAGAACAAGGAGCUGCUGGUCAUGCACCCGUUCAGCCGCAUCACUGAGUACCGCAGCAAAGGCAGCGUCUUCCAGAUGGCCAUCGGCACCCUGGUGAGGGAAAACAAGUUUGUCUGUGAAACAUUACAGGCUGCCACAAUGGAGGACCUUCUCAGAUCAUACGUCAGCAUGUAUGAGCGGCAGAGACAAUCCUUCCGACCGAGGAACCACAUCUUUUCUUGAGGCUUCAUGACUUCAGACUGAACCGUUGUGGUUUAUAUGCACUCUUAAUUGAUUUCUUUACAUUCAUAUAUUUGUUGGCUUAUGCUUUAAAUAGCAAGAAGGAAAUCAAUUCUGCUAAAUAAUUGACUGUCCA